UCGUAUCAGAACCAUAGUAGACAGUUCAUUGUUUAGUAGCAUCGAACAAAUAGGUGUUUCAUUUAUCUUUAAAUUGUGAUUGAUUUAGUGAAUAGGAUUUACAAUAAAUUUGAUUUUGUGAGAGAAACAAGCGUGGAAAUUACAUUAAUUCGCAGACUAGUAUAAAAAAUACUGGAAAUCAACGUAAAUUUAUCGAAAACUUGAAGGAUAUAAACCGCCCAAGAGAUUUUUUGUACACCUAUAUAUAACAUUCGUCGUGUGGUGCAUUGAUUUUUUUUCUUCGGAAUUUGUAUUACGUGAAUAACAAAUCAAAUUGGAUUGACUUGGUUCAAACAAGUCCGUUUUAACCAUUUUCAGUUCAUCUAGCUACAUUUGAUCGAUUAGAAUGUGUCUGUUAUUAUUUGUUUGCAAUUAAAAUGAAGGAAAUGGUAGGCGGUUGUUGUGUUUGCUCAGAUGAAAGAGGUUGGUCGGAAAAUCCACUCGUUUAUUGCGAUGGACAACAUUGUACUGUUGCCGUACAUCAGGCAUGUUAUGGCAUAGUUACAGUGCCGACGGGCAAUUGGUAUUGCCGAAAAUGUGAAAGUCAAGAGCGUUCAACUCGUGUACGAUGCGAACUAUGCCCAUCGAAAGAUGGUGCAUUGAAACGUACGGACAACCAAGGAUGGGCACAUGUUGUAUGUGCCCUCUAUAUACCAGAGGUACGCUUUGGUAAUGUCACCACCAUGGAACCGAUUAUAUUGCAAUUAAUACCACCGGAACGAUUCAACAAAGUGUGUUACAUAUGCCAUGAGAAUAGCAAAGGCUCAAAGGCCACAGCUGGAGCGUGUAUGCAGUGCAAUAAAGCUGGUUGUAAACAACAAUUUCAUGUCACAUGCGCACAGGCUCGUGGAUUACUUUGUGAAGAGGCCGGAAAUUAUCUGGACAACGUUAAAUAUUGUGGAUAUUGUCAACAUCAUUACAGUAAAUUGAAAAAAGGCGGAAACGUAAAAACGAUUCCACCAUAUAAACCAGUGAAUCAUGGAAUUGAAUCGAGUGAUCCGUCAUCGUCACCUGAAAAAGAAUCCGAAACAGCAGCAUUAAUACCAAUUCCACCAAUGGGUUUAACGUCAUCAAAUGUUGAUCAAAAGCAAUCAUCACAGAAUGGUUCACACAAAUCGGUGCAGCGAAAAUCGAAUGUGAGCAGUGGUGGUGCAAGCAGUUCAUCGAUAUCAUCGUCGUCAGUACAGCAAUCGGCACCGUUUGCUGUAAAACAAUCCAGCUCACAAUCACAGUCCAUCAAUCAAAAUACAAGCCAAAUAAAUACAAGCAGUUCAUCAAGUAAUUUGAGUGCCGAUCUAUUGAAUGUAUCCGGCGGCGAUGGUGGCAAUAGCAAUAGCAGCAACAGUACAAAAGAAAGCUCAAGUAGUAAAAGUAGCAGCAAAUCGAAUAGCAAAGGUAAUUCAUCGUCAACAAAGAGCUCAUCGAAAGAGCAACGUGAACCAAAACAUUCGAAACCGUCACGAAAUCACAGCAAAGAUUCAGCGCCCAGUGAAUAUGAUCUGCCGAACACAUCAACACCCAGCGAUGGCAACGUCACACCAGUCUCAUCAGCUGCAAAUAAAGAAUCGAUGAGUCAAAAGUUCACGACAUCCAAUUUCACCGAAACCGUUGUUGUCGCAUCUGAUUCAGUAUUUGGUAGCUCAAAAUCCGGAUCAAAUGUACCCGUUGUCAAGAAACGAAAAUUGGAAUCGAUUAAAUCCAGCACCACAGAUGAUAUGAUCAGAGAGGGUAUAAAAGACGUUUCAGUGACUUUAGUGCCAUUAGCAUACGAUAAAGGUGACAACAAUAUCAGCGACACAAAGAAAGUAAGCAAGCCGAAAGCAAAACCGAAAUGUGCUGAUACAGACUCUUUACAAAACCAACACGCGACUGUUAAUACACAGCAGAAUAUUGUCAAACCAAGCGAAGAACCAUCUCAUCAUCCAGCAACGUCGGUCAGUUUGGUGGUUUCAGUGCCAUUAUCAUCGGGUGUAAAUUUACCGUCAAACACCAGCACAGUCACAAUUCCAUCACAUCAUCAAAUUCCAAACAUUAAAUCGUUUGCCAAUCCAGAUUUGACACCGAAUCAGCAUAUAAAUCGAUCUCAUAACCUACCGAAUGUUAUUGUACAGCAAGCGGCCGAUUUACAAGUACGAGAUCAAUUGUUGCUAGCCGAUAAACAAGCACUAGUGCCGGGCGGUGCCAUCGUUCGAAAUCCAUCACCAUCGCAAAGUACCGGUAAAAUAUCAUCAAACUUGGGUCUAUCUAGCAAAGGAAAAGGUACCGGUGGCUCGUCACUGUUUUCCGAUUUGAGCACAUCCAAUAGUUCAUCGAACAUGGAAACUCUUGGCGUUAAACUCAGUGCCAAAACUGCACAUCUUGCCGACGAUGUUAGUUUGAGUCGCAUCACAAGCACGCCGGACGAUAAUUCAAGUUCAUUUUCGGAUUUGAAAAUCAGCUUCGAGGCUCAGUCAAAUUAUGACGUUGCUUCGUUAACACCACGAACAGAUAUUAAAAAUUCACCGCCAAGUUCGCCGGGCUCCGAAAUGGCCGAACCGCAUAAAAGAAUUCAUUCAGCAUCAAAUGAUGGUUCAAAAGAUAUAAAAGUAUUCCCAUCAUCGAAAGAUAUGCAUGCAACCCAUAUGCUUGGCAAUCAAUUGAAUCCAUCGAGCAGCGUUGCACAGAAAAUGUCCGAUCAAUUGUUUAUGGAAAUGGAAGCACACAGUGUUUACACAUCAUCAAGUAUGGACUCAAACACACAAAUUAUGGGGCCCGUUUUUCCCGGAAAACAAUUAAACAACGCCCGAAAUAUGGUAUCGAAUCAACCGCAAGGUCCGUCGCUUAGCUCAAUGUUGGGUGGCACUGGUCAACCAACUGCACAUGGCAACACACCACAAAGUCUUGAACAAUUGCUCGAACGACAAUGGGAGCAAGGCUCACAAUUUUUAAUGGAACAAGCACAACAUUUUGAUAUUGCAUCGUUACUAUCGUGUUUACAUCAAUUGCGAUCCGAAAAUAUUCGAUUGGAAGAGCAUGUGAAUAAUUUGAUUGCACGCCGUGAUCAUUUAUUGGCUGUAAAUGCCAGAUUGACGAUACCUUUAAAUCAAGUACCACAGGUUCCGAAUCAAAAUCCAGGCACCUUCAACAAUUUACAUUUGAAUGGAACAACCGAGCCGAAUUCACGUUCACGAUCUCAUCACCUAAAAUAGCUACAGCGUUUCUUGUGCGACAAUCUAAAUGUCAGCACGAGCAAUGCAUCGUCUAAGCAAACUUGAAGCUAGAACUUCAAACGGGAUUUCAAUCAAUUUUGAAAUCAAAAACAAUAAAAACUUUAUAAAAUAUUUUUCAUGUGAAGAGGACAAAUUUCUGUGGGUCGGAAUAAAAGUAGCAAUGAGGGAAACUUUAAAUAGCAUGUAAAAGAGAAAUCUAAAAAAACGUAGUAUUUUAUCUACGUUAGACUGCCACAUUUCAACGAAGCAUUCAAUCAUAGCGUUACGAUCAAGGUUCUUUUGAACUUUAUUAUAAAUUCGAACUUUUCACGCUACAUUUUUUUAUAUACAGUCCCUAUUGUCAACUUUUAUUCCCACGUUACACAAUUGAAUUUGGAAGAAAAUAUGUAGACAUUUUUCCAUUUACAUCUACAAAUGGAAGUCAAUAUUGUUUUGGUGUGACUGAAAUAGAGAAAGAAUGAAAUAUUAAGGCAGCAUAAAACUUUGUAUUCCCACACAAACAAACAAUAUUUUCACUACAAAAAUGUACGAUUUUAUAAUGAUUUACAAGAUACAGAAUUGUAAUUAAAGUACACGUAUAAAUUCGUGUGAAUAAUCAUCAUUUUCAAAAGGAAAAAAAGAAUAGAAAAGUAAGCUAUAAUGAAUGGCAAUUGGAUACGAUUAAGUCUGUGUGCAUGGAUUUUUGUUUGAACACACAUAACCACUAAAAUUAAGCCAGAGUUUAGGUAUUUAUAUUGGUUUCAUUAGCAAAUGUUUACAUUUUUUCAUCUUUUUUUUUGUUUAUUUUUCAUUUUGUUAGUUUCUAAAACAAUUUCAGAAAUUAUGACACACAUCGAAAUCGACUCUUCAUUUAUUAAUUAAGAUAAAUGCGAAUCUUUUGAUAAAAAAAAAGUAUAUUUACAUUUAAGUUUUGCAUAUAAUAUCAUUUAGUAUCGUUUCGUACAUUAACGUUUCUUCUUCUUAAUUUUGGCGUACCUAAAUGUCUUUUUUAAGAUUUUCCAUACCUUAAAAUUAGUUU